GGGCAGCGGAAGCAGGAGCUGUGAACUGGGCAGGGAGGGAGGCGGGAGCGCGUGUGGCGGGCGCGCGGGCUGCCGGAGCUGAGCGGGCACGCGCGCCAGGCUUGUCCCCUGGCUUAGCAGCGGCGGCGACGGCUUCUUUGUUUCGAGAGGAGAAGCGAGACGCCCACUCUGUCCCCGACCCCUCGUGGAGGGUUGGGGGCGGCGCCAGGAAGGCUGCGGCGCCGGCACCUCUGGCAGGAGACCACUGCCUGCCGCUCCUGUGAAGAUGUCUACUCCAGACCCACCCCUGGGUGGGACUCCUCGGCCUGGCCCUUCCCCCGGCCCUGGCCCCUCACCUGGUGCAAUGCUGGGCCCUAGCCCUGGCCCCUCACCAGGCUCUGCCCACAGCAUGAUGGGGCCCAGCCCAGGACCUCCUUCGGCUGGACACCCCAUGCCCACCCAGGGGCCUGGAGGAUAUCCUCAGGACAACAUGCACCAAAUGCACAAGCCUAUGGAGUCCAUGCAUGAGAAGGGAAUGCCUGAUGACCCACGGUACAACCAGAUGAAAGGGAUGGGCAUGCGGUCCGGGGCCCACACAGGUAUGGGACCCCCACCUAGUCCCAUGGACCAGCAUUCACAAGGUUACCCCUCACCCCUGGGUGGCUCUGAACAUGCCUCCAGUCCUGUCCCAGCCAGCGGCCCAUCUUCAGGCCCCCAGAUGUCCUCUGGGCCAGGAGGGGCCCCAUUAGAUGGUUCUGACCCCCAGGCCUUGGGGCAGCAAAACCGAGGCCCAACCCCAUUUAAUCAGAACCAGCUGCAUCAACUCAGAGCUCAGAUAAUGGCAUAUAAGAUGUUGGCCAGGGGCCAACCAUUGCCUGACCACCUGCAGAUGGCCGUGCAAGGCAAGCGUCCAAUGCCUGGAAUGCAGCAGCAGAUGCCAACACUACCUCCACCCUCAGUGUCUGCCACCGGACCUGGCCCUGGCUCUGGCCCUGGCCCUGGCCCAGGUCCAGGACAAGCCCCUCCAAAUUACAGUAGGCCCCAUGGUAUGGGAGGGCCCAACAUGCCUCCCCCAGGACCCUCAGGUGUGCCCCCCGGGAUGCCUGGUCAGCCCCCUGGAGGGCCUCCCAAGCCGUGGCCUGAAGGACCCAUGGCCAAUGCUGCUGCCCCCACAAGCACCCCACAGAAGCUGAUUCCCCCCCAACCAACAGGCCGCCCUUCACCUGCACCUCCUGCUGUCCCACCUGCUGCCUCACCUGUGAUGCCACCACAAACACAGUCCCCAGGGCAGCCGGCCCAGCCUGCUCCAUUGGUGCCCCUGCACCAGAAGCAGAGCCGCAUCACCCCGAUCCAGAAGCCCCGGGGCCUGGACCCUGUGGAGAUCCUACAGGAGCGAGAGUAUAGGCUGCAGGCUCGAAUCGCACACCGAAUUCAGGAACUUGAAAAUCUCCCUGGGUCCCUGGCUGGGGACCUGCGAACCAAAGCAACCAUCGAACUCAAGGCCCUUAGGUUGCUGAACUUCCAGAGGCAGCUGCGCCAGGAGGUGGUGGUGUGCAUGCGCAGAGACACAGCCCUAGAGACAGCCCUCAAUGCCAAGGCCUAUAAGCGCAGCAAACGGCAGUCACUUCGGGAGGCCCGAAUCACUGAGAAGCUGGAGAAGCAGCAGAAGAUUGAGCAGGAGCGUAAGCGCCGCCAGAAGCACCAGGAGUACCUCAACAGCAUCCUGCAGCAUGCCAAGGACUUCAGGGAGUAUCACAGAUCAGUCACAGGCAAACUCCAGAAACUCACCAAGGCUGUGGCCACCUACCAUGCAAAUACGGAGCGGGAGCAGAAGAAAGAAAAUGAGCGUAUUGAGAAGGAGCGAAUGCGGAGGCUUAUGGCUGAAGACGAGGAGGGCUACCGCAAGCUCAUCGACCAGAAGAAGGACAAACGCCUGGCCUACCUCCUGCAGCAGACAGACGAGUAUGUAGCCAACCUCACAGAGCUGGUGCGGCAGCACAAAGCUGCUCAGGUCGCCAAGGAGAAGAAGAAGAAGAAGAAAAAGAAGAAGGCAGAAAAUGCUGAAGGACAGACACCUGCUAUUGGACCAGACGGUGAGCCUCUGGAUGAGACGAGCCAGAUGAGCGACCUUCCUGUGAAGGUGAUCCAUGUAGAGAGCGGCAAGAUCCUCACAGGCACUGAUGCUCCAAAAGCUGGGCAGCUGGAAGCCUGGCUUGAGAUGAACCCAGGGUAUGAGGUAGCUCCCCGGUCAGAUAGUGAAGAAAGUGGCUCCGAAGAGGAGGAGGAGGAGGAGGAGGAGGAGCAGCCCCAGCCUGCACAGCCCCCCACACUGCCUGUGGAGGAGAAGAAGAAGAUUCCAGACCCAGACAGCGAUGACGUCUCUGAGGUGGAUGCACGGCACAUUAUUGAGAACGCCAAGCAGGAUGUGGAUGAUGAGUAUGGUGUGUCCCAGGCCCUUGCUCGUGGUCUGCAGUCCUACUAUGCUGUGGCCCAUGCUGUCACAGAGAGAGUAGACAAGCAGUCGGCCCUCAUGGUCAACGGCGUCCUCAAACAGUACCAGAUCAAGGGCUUGGAGUGGCUGGUGUCCCUGUAUAACAACAACCUGAACGGCAUCCUGGCUGACGAGAUGGGGCUGGGAAAGACCAUCCAGACCAUCGCGCUCAUCACAUACCUCAUGGAGCACAAGCGUAUCAACGGGCCCUUCCUCAUCAUUGUGCCUCUCUCGACGCUGUCAAACUGGGCAUAUGAAUUUGACAAGUGGGCCCCCUCAGUGGUGAAGGUUUCCUACAAGGGCUCUCCAGCAGCAAGACGAGCUUUUGUCCCUCAGCUUCGCAGUGGGAAGUUCAAUGUCUUGUUGACCACCUAUGAGUAUAUCAUCAAAGAUAAACACAUCCUGGCCAAGAUCCGCUGGAAGUACAUGAUUGUGGAUGAAGGCCACCGCAUGAAGAACCACCACUGCAAGCUGACACAGGUCCUCAACACACACUAUGUGGCCCCUCGGCGCCUGCUUCUGACGGGCACUCCACUGCAGAACAAGCUACCUGAGCUCUGGGCACUGCUUAACUUCCUCCUGCCCACCAUCUUCAAGAGCUGCAGCACCUUCGAGCAGUGGUUCAAUGCACCCUUUGCCAUGACAGGAGAGAAGGUGGACCUGAAUGAAGAGGAGACCAUCCUCAUUAUCCGUCGCCUACACAAGGUGCUACGGCCCUUCCUGCUGCGGAGGCUCAAGAAGGAAGUUGAAGCCCAGCUACCUGAGAAGGUGGAGUAUGUCAUCAAAUGUGACAUGUCAGCCCUGCAGCGUGUGCUCUACCGUCACAUGCAGGCCAAAGGUGUGCUAUUGACUGACGGCUCUGAGAAGGACAAGAAGGGCAAAGGUGGCACCAAGACGCUGAUGAACACUAUCAUGCAGCUGCGCAAGAUCUGCAACCACCCCUACAUGUUCCAGCAUAUUGAGGAGUCCUUUUCUGAGCACUUGGGGUUCACCGGCGGCAUCGUGCAAGGAUUGGACCUAUACCGUGCCUCGGGGAAAUUUGAACUUCUGGAUAGAAUUCUGCCCAAACUCCGUGCGACCAACCACAAAGUGCUGCUCUUCUGCCAAAUGACCUCCCUCAUGACCAUUAUGGAAGACUACUUUGCAUACCGUGGCUUCAAAUACCUCAGACUUGACGGAACCACAAAAGCAGAGGACCGGGGCAUGCUGUUGAAAACCUUUAAUGAGCCUGGCUCUGAGUACUUCAUUUUCCUGCUCAGUACCCGUGCUGGGGGGCUGGGCCUCAACCUACAGUCAGCUGACACUGUGAUCAUCUUUGACAGUGACUGGAAUCCUCACCAGGACCUACAAGCCCAGGAUCGUGCCCAUCGAAUUGGGCAGCAGAACGAGGUGCGUGUGCUCCGCCUGUGCACCGUUAACAGUGUGGAGGAGAAGAUCCUGGCCGCUGCCAAAUACAAACUCAAUGUGGACCAGAAGGUUAUCCAGGCAGGCAUGUUUGACCAGAAGUCAUCCAGCCACGAGCGGCGCGCCUUCCUGCAGGCCAUUCUGGAGCAUGAGGAGCAGGAUGAGAGCAGACACUGCAGCACGGGCAGCGGCAGUGCCAGCUUCGCCCACACUGCCCCUCCGCCAGCGGGCGUCAACCCCGACUUGGAGGAGCCACCUCUAAAGGAAGAAGAUGAGGUACCAGAUGAUGAGACCGUCAACCAGAUGAUUGCCCGGCACGAAGAAGAAUUUGACCUCUUCAUGCGCAUGGACUUAGACCGCCGGCGUGAAGAGGCCCGCAACCCCAAGCGGAAGCCACGCCUGAUGGAAGAGGAUGAGCUCCCAUCCUGGAUCAUCAAGGAUGAUGCCGAGGUAGAGAGGCUGACAUGUGAGGAGGAAGAGGAGAAGAUGUUUGGCCGUGGUUCCCGCCACCGCAAGGAGGUGGACUACAGCGACUCAUUGACAGAGAAGCAGUGGCUCAAGACCCUGAAGGCCAUCGAGGAGGGCACGCUGGAGGAGAUCGAAGAGGAGGUCCGGCAGAAGAAAUCCUCACGGAAGCGCAAGCGUGACAGCGAGGCCGGCUCCUCCACCCCGACCACCAGCACCCGCAGCCGUGACAAGGACGAGGAGAGCAAGAAGCAGAAGAAGCGUGGACGGCCACCUGCCGAGAAGCUGUCCCCAAACCCACCUAACCUUACCAAGAAGAUGAAGAAGAUUGUGGACGCCGUGAUCAAGUACAAGGACAGCAGUAGUGGACGUCAGCUCAGCGAGGUGUUCAUCCAGCUCCCCUCGCGCAAGGAACUUCCCGAGUACUAUGAGCUCAUCCGAAAACCUGUGGACUUCAAGAAGAUCAAGGAACGCAUCCGCAACCACAAGUACCGCAGCCUCAAUGACCUGGAGAAGGAUGUGAUGCUGCUGUGCCAGAAUGCUCAGACGUUCAACCUCGAGGGUUCCUUGAUCUAUGAGGACUCCAUCGUCCUGCAGUCUGUCUUCACCAGUGUGCGGCAGAAGAUUGAGAAGGAGGAUGACAGUGAAGGGGAAGAAAGUGAGGAGGAAGAGGAGGGCGAGGAGGAAGGCUCUGAGUCUGAGUCCCGCUCCGUCAAGGUAAAGAUCAAGCUGGGCCGCAAGGAGAAGGCCCAGGACCGACUGAAGGGGGGCCGCCGGCGGCCAAGCCGGGGGUCCCGGGCCAAGCCAGUUGUGAGCGACGACGACAGUGAGGAGGAACAGGAAGAGGACCGCUCAGGAAGUGGCAGCGAGGAGGACUGAAGCAGACAUUCCAGAGUCCUGACCCCGAGGCACACGUCCCAACCGAGAUGGAGUAGCCCUUAGCGGUGAUGGGUAGCACCAGAAGUAGUUUCGGACUUGGAGAACUGUACACAUGCACUCUUCCACAUUUAUAGGCAGAGAAUAGGCCUGUCUGUCGGCCCUGGCCUGGCCUUGAGUCUCUACCAGCAUUAACUGUCCAGAGAGGGACCUCUUGGAGGCACCAUCCACCUCCCCAGGCCCAGUCACUGUAGCUCAGCGUGGAUGCAUGCCGUGCCGUCCACUCCUUGUACUGUAUCUUACUGGACAGAGCCGACUCUCCGGAGGUCCACAGGCCCCGCGGUAUGUCAGUGUCACUGGGGUCAGACAGUAAUGAUUAAACCAAUGACAAACCACCA